ACAGCAGAGCGUUCCACGUUUGUUGCAGGGGAAGGAAUAAAAAAAGAAUAGGGUUAUAGCUCGCUCGUCCUCGUCCUCGUCGUCGCUCACCAUGGGAGCAUCGAUGCCGUGCGAAGCGUGCGGUUGUGCGUGCAGCGCCGGCGGCGAGGCAUCCAAGGAGGAGCUGGAGUCGCCGCUGCUGACGGACAUCGAGACUGGACCCGGCCACACCACGACGCCGCCGGACGCCAAGACGGGGAGGAUCGCCACGUUCAUCUUUCGGGUACUGUUGGUCUUUCUGUGGGUGUAUUUAUUUGAUUCGAUGAGAAGAUAUGCGAUUAAAUACACCGAGGGGGAUACAAAGUUUAGUCUGUUUGCUGUGAUUCUUAUGGCCUUACCAAUGACUGACCCCUUUUUAAUAAUUGGCGGUUGAGUUACUUGCAAGUUAUACCUUACCAAUGACUAAACUCUUAUGUAGAGUAGU